AUGGGUGGAUCUCUUUCGCGAAGUCCAAAGCAGAAGUCCAAGAAAAAAGUUGAAAUGGAUGGUUCGAUCGAUCGGCCCAAAAAGACCCCUAAAGCUGUCAAAGGUAAAAAGAAAGAUGAACAGCCGGGGCAAGCCGAAAGGACAGGUCAAGAAACUCCCGAUAUGGAAAGGAAAGAUAGUAAGAUAUUUUGGAUUUCGCAUGUGUCAAAGAGAACUAAUUCUCAAGACGAUAUUAAGGCACAGACAUUGGUGGACAGCAAAGCAAUUUCCAAACCAACGGGGGAUUUAAGCCCCCUAGAAGGGAAACACAGUGGCAAGCAAAACGCUGUUGUGUCAGGUCUGAAAAAGAACAACAAAGGGAAGAACUCAAAUGGAGCGAAUUCGAAUGGCUACUUGAGUGAAAAGAAAUGCAAUAGCGUGGUAUUGAAUGGUUCACAUGUCUUUGGGGAAGAAAAACAAGAUCUGGAGGACUCGAAUUCCAGUGUAGUCCCGCAAUCUCCAGGUCUGCUUCCAGGGCAGACGAGCGGGAGCAUUGAUGCAUCACAUUUAAUCUCUGUAAAUGAACUGUAUAACUAUUUCUGGGAUGGAGGUCUAAACUGUAGUAUUUUCGAUCCCUCUUAUAUGCUUCUCGUAGACGCUAGACCUCGAUCUGAAUACGAACGAGGGCAUAUAAUAUUGGCGCACUGUGCAGCAUCUCUGUACAAUGACUUGCUCACUUCUUCCACAUUUGGGUAUGGGUACAUGGCCAGUAGUGGCGAACAAGCCAUUGCCAACAGUCUUAGCGAGUAUACUUACCUAAUUGUGUACGGAAACCCUGUUUUAGACACUAAAAGUGGAGAUCUACCUGAAAUAAAACUCAUGAGAGAGCUCAUGAAUUAUGAAUUGGUAGAGCCUAUGUUGCUAGCUUCAGGUUAUGAUUGUUUUAAUCAAACUUGGCCCUUCAUGUGCACAGCAAAGGAACUUACUAUUCGGCAUGACCAUAAGGAAAUCACACCAUAUCCAUCCCUCAUUUUGGAAAACCAGCUCUAUUUAGGCCGAGGAGUGCAAGCUACUAAUGAGAAGAUAUUAUUGGACCUCAAGCUCACACAUGUUGUAAACAUUGGUAGUGAGCACCCCUCACCUUUCACUGAUCACAUUCAGUAUCUGAAUAUUAAGCUUGAUGACAGUCCUUCUAGUGAUUUAAAACUUUAUUUUACAAAGGCGUAUCAUUUCAUAGAUGAUGCCUUGUCAACUGGUGGGUGCAUUCUUGUGCAUUGUAAUCUUGGUGUAAGCCGCAGCUCAACGGUUGUCAUUGCAUAUCUGAUGAAGUCAAGAGAAUGGAGCCUUAAAAUGGCUUAUGACUUUGUCAAGGAUAGAAGACACUGUAUUCAGCCGAAUCGUGGAUUUUUACGGCAACUUGGUGACUGGGAGAAAAGUGUCUUAGGACAUAAACAAACAGAUCCUGAUGAUUUGUGGUUUUAGCAGCAACAAUGUGCUAUUGUUGGAAAAUUUGUUCUUUAUUUAGGAGACCCAUGGAAGAAGUAUGUUUCAAGUGUACAUUUCCAAGAUGGCCUGCUUGCUGCAAAGUUGGCAUUUAUAAAUUGGGAUGGGGUGUGUAUAUGAAUCAAAGUAGAUGGAAACUAGAUAAGAUUGAUUUGCAUCUAUUUAAAAUAAAUUUUAAGAUACUUGUUCACACAGCAACCCAAAAAAAAUGACUCAAAAUAAUUGUUGCUUGCAUAUUUUCUUCUUGAGAGCAAUACAGUGUCCUAUUUGUACAGUCCAUUGCUGUAUUUAUUAUUUGGUUUGUAUAUUUUAUGCCAAGCAGACAAAAACCACAUCUUGGUUUUCUAACUACUGUGGCUGCUUUGUGAUCAGCUUAUUUAAUAUGUUGUGAUUUGAAUGUUGCAUUUGGAUUUGAAAAAUGUAAUUCAAAUUUUAUUUUAAUUAAUUUUAAUUAAUUAAUACAAUGUUCAUAAAAAAUAUGUUAUGUAUACUUUAAGGACUAUGUUAUAAUUUAUUUAUUCUUAUAAUUUCUUAUUUUUACUAUUUUUUAUCAUGACAUUUUUAGUCCUUUUUUUAUGUAUUUAUUAUAAUUUUAUUAUAUAUGUUAAAUCGUUUAAAUCGUUUAUUAAAAAAGAAACACCUCGCAGUCCGAAGACUGAAUUACGUGUAUAAUAUACAAGUUAUAAUUAAAAUGGAUUUAAAAAACCAAAAUAAUAGAAAUGUACAAUCUAAUAAAAACAUUUCACAUAGGAUAACCUUGUGUUAGGAAAAUAUACAUACUUAAACAAAUUCAUUUACAUACUUAGGCUAUGACUAACAAUAAAAGAUUUUUUAAGACGAUCAGUCUUGCACACUGGCACAUAAAACUUUCUAUUGCUGCGCAGCUGCCUAUGGUGCUCAGCUUUAGGUGGGAGCAGACCUGCGAGCUUGUGAUUAAUGUCAAGAACAAUGUCGUUAAAAAGAUCAGACGAUAGAGACACUCGCCUGUCAGAAAGAGAGGGGAUGCCUGCCUCUUUGAGCGCGCUGUUGUAGCUUGCAUAAGGAAAGAUAAUGCGCAAGGUGCGCUUCAUACAGAUAUACAGAUUUUAUACUAUAUAUAUGCAGAUGGUGUAAUACCAGAUAGUCUUUUUAGUCUAUUUGGUCCAUUAUUUUGCAUUUCAAAUAAAGCUAUUGUAUUGUAUUGUAUUGUAUAUCAUGCAUACUGCUGUCACAGCGUUACCUUAAAAUUCAUGUUACUGUAACAUUGCAAACCAAAACCAAUUUUUAAUCACAAUGUAAAAAGAAACUGGAUACGUGUAAAAAUGAAUAUAUUUAUAACAAGUGAUUCUUUAAAAACUACUGAAUGCAUGUGGAAAUAUUUUGGAGAUGAAUUUUUGUUUAUUACUUUGGUAAUGAACAUAACUUCUCCUGGUAGGCUUUGUGUGGAGUUAUUCUUUAAGAGGGUCCCCUAUACUUUUUACAUGAAUUGUAAUUGGGCAAUUUCUUUGCCUUGUGAAUCAUGAUUUGUUUUUUGUUUUAAUUGAGAAUCGUGACGAAAGAUGGUAAGAUAUUUUUAUGUCCACAUUGACAAAAUUUUUUAUUUAAAAGUGGCCUGUGAAUUAAGAGCUGAAUUAAAUGUGAUUUGUGAACCAUUUUGUUUUAGGUGAUGGAUUUCCAGCUAUUUUGUUGUUUUGAAAAUGUAUGUAUUGUUCUCAAGUGGCUGCGGUUAGGUUUUGACCAGGGUUUUGAUGGGGGAUGGACUUCCUAUGGAUCACUAAAAGUCAACAAACAGGCCACCAAAUGGUUCUUGAACAAAUGAGAUAAGAUAUUAUGUCAUCUUUUGUCACAUAAGACAAAGCCUACAAAAAGUAAGAUAUUUAUUCAAUGUGAUUGGCUCAAAUUUUGCAUGAACAUGGAAGGAUUUUGGAUAUUAUUUGUGAUGCAUGAAAAGGCCAAAUAUUUUUUUUGUGAUAAAGGGGUAUCAAGUAACCCCCCUUAAAUCUUUGAGUUACAGGCACAAGAGAGUGAAUAGCCUUUCUGUUUUGUUUUUUUCCGUGAAUAUGCAUUACCUUGGCUGUGUGUGUCUUUUAAUGGCUUGAAUAGUGUUUAUCUGCCUGAAGGAGAAAAUAUUCCUUCUGAUUUGCAAUCUAGGCAUUAUUACCAUUGUUAUUAUUUGUCUGCUUAGUCAGGUUACAGAUGUCUGAUUAAAAUAAUGGCAGAAAUCCAUAGUCGAAUUCUUUGCAAAUUUUAGAGAUCAUUCUGGAAUAGCCGGACCCCUCUUGUCAUGCUGAAAGUAGGACUCUCUCAUGCUUGAGAUUUGAGAAGUUGUGACUGGGAUAUGGUACCGGUAAGAUGAGAUCGCCAGGUUCCUAAGCCAAAUAUGGCGAACAAUUUUAUUAGAGGAUCACGGAAUUUUGCUUCAUUGUUUUGCUUUGGAAUUCGGAAUCUUCCUAGAGUUACCACUCGAAAAUGGGUGGGUCAGACAGGAAAGACCACAUACCGAUGUAUGACAACGAUAGUAGAUCGUAAGUGUUUUUGUUAUGCGUUGGAAAAUCGGUGAUUGAUUAGUGUGAUGUACUAGCACGUGCACUAGACGUCACGUUGGGUACCAAGUGAUUUUGCGAAUAAUAAUAAUAAUAAUAAUAAUAAUAAUAUAUAAAUGUUAGUCUGAAAACUUAAACACAGCUUUUAUUGAAGCUCUUUCUCAAGAAAAUCGUUAUUUUUGAUGGAUGGUAGUAAAUUCGUAUCUAUUGCUUACUAGUUCGAAUUUAGAAAUUGAAUUUGUAGUGAGCUGAGUCUUACGUAAUACAGAGUCUGAUCUAAGUAUGUAAAUAAAUGUUCAGAAAAUCAGUCAAAAGCUGUCGACGCGAAGAGAAAGUGAGGGAAAGGUGGAGCACAGCGGAUUGUGUUUAAGAGAUCAUGGAGGGAUAUGGUCAAGAAAUACUUGACCCGAGAGAAUUCAUUAAUUACUGACAAUUAUAUGUUUCAAAUUUGUUUCCUUUUCAGCAUCACUUGGACUUACAGAUGAUCAAAGGGAAUUUCAAAGAGUUGCCCUAGAGUUUGCUAAGAAUGAACUUGCUCCUGAAAUGCAAAAGUGGGACCAGGAGGUUUGUAAAAAAAAAUGGAUUCUAAUUUUUUUUUUUAAUUGUAUAGUUUUACGAUCAUUAUGGUAGAUUAUCAGAUUUAUUUUCAGUUUUUAACCUAACAGUAACCAUAUGCCUUUAAGUCAUGUUAACUUUAACCUCAACGAUAAAUGUGGCUUUGUAUUUCUCAGGAAACAUUUCCUGUGGAUGUGUUAAAGAGACUGGCUGGACUGGGAUUUGGAGGUAAGGAAACUUUGACAGAGCUAAUCUCUAAUUUGCAACUAAUAUGAUAAGCAGGACUGCAGGUAGUUAAUUUCUCUGUUUUAUCUAGUUCUUUAUGAACUGACAAUGUCUCUUACCUGUGAUCCAAAAUACUGAAUACUCAAAAGUCAAACAAAUCUCAUGACUGUGGAUUACACAUUGGUAUGUGGUCUUUCCUGUUUCCUUUUUAGGGUAUCUUUAUCCAAUGUAGGUGUUAUUUUAAACUCUGGUCCUAAUCCUUAAACUCCCAUGAGUGACCAAAGCAGAAUUUCUCCUUACAAUAUUAAUACAUUAUCAAGCUGACAAGAAACAAGAAAAAAGAAAAAUACAAAUAAGGAUAUUAUUAGUUGAUCCAAUAACAAAUUCUUCAAACUAGAAUCAUAAGAACUAUAUGAGAGGCAGUAAGGAGAAUCACCAGUGAGAUCUUGGGAGUGAAAUGGUUAAUUCAGUCGAUUGUCUACUAGUCUUUGACCACUAAAUCUAAACUGAGAUUAUCAAUUUUAAUGACAGAUUUUAUUGUAAUCAGUUGUCUAAGUUUUAAGCAAUACCCAAGAGAAUAAGUUUCUUCUUUACCUUUUAAAUGAAAAAAGAAAGAUUAAAAAUUGCUAAUUUACAUUCUUUGAAUGUUUGAUUCUUUUGUUUGAGUUUUCAAAUUGGAAAAAUGCAAGACUUACGUGAAUGUAAUGAGAACCUGUUCAAUUUGUCCAUUUCUUCAUUAAGGUAUAUAUUAAUUACACAUUUUAUGCCGUGUAUAAAGCUACUUUGGAAAUCUUUUGAUUGGUAAUUUUCUUCUCUGAGCUAUUGAUGCAAAAGAAGAUUAUGGAGGCAGUGGAAUGUCCAGAUUAGAAGCAUCUGUAAUAUUUGAGGCUCUUUCCACUGGAUGUGUCCGCACAUCCUUUUGAUCUCUAUUGUUUCAUAAUUUUCUUCUCUCAGCUAUUUAUGCAAAGGAAGAUCAUGGAGGCAGUGGAUUGCCCAGAUUAGAAGCAUCUGUAAUAUUUGAGGCUCUUUCCACCGGAUGUGUCAGCACAACAGCCUAUCUCAGCAUCCACAAGUGAGAUUAUUGAAAUUCUUCCAAGGCAUAUUCGGGGUUUUUUUUUUCCCUAAAAUCACUAACAGUUCACAAGACAUCAUAUCAUAUUUUUUUCCACUUAGUAUGGUUGCUUGGAUGAUUGAUGAGUUUGGUUCAGAAGAACUCAGAGAAAGAUUUGUUCCUGAAUUAGCUUCCAUGCAGGUUAAGUAGGAAAUGUUUUUCUUAAAUUUUCUUCUUUAAAUUAAAUUUACGUACGCCAUACGUGGCAAAACUUAUUACAAAAACUUAUUAGGUUUAUAGCAAAAGCAUUUCCUGCAAUAACUGUUUUAGUUAUUUUUCUUAACUCUGUUUCUACCUGUUUUCAGAAAUUUGGAUCUUAUUGCUUAACAGAACCUGGUUAGUAUUCUCAGUAAACAAAUUUAAUUUUUGAUCAUCAGUCAUUAUGACCAAGUUCAUUUAGACUUAGAGUUAUCAUAGUGUGUUGGUAUUAUACUUUUAAGAAUAUGACCCGAACUGUUUUUAUUUGAUAGUUGUAUGUAGAAUAACUCUUUACACUCUAACAUCAUUGAGCUUAUUCUCCACACCUUUCUCUGGAUAUUUCCUGUGUUAUUAAUGAGGAGAAUUGUCAAUCAAUCAAGAGCUUCUUUAAUUAAGAAUCAUUUUCAUUAUUCUUAUGAUCUUGAUAUCCAUGAUUCUGUGAGUAGAAAUUACAUGCUUCCAGGGGUUGAAGGGUUCAGGAAUAACUCAUUAUUCUUUUAAAAGAUACUCACCCUUGUAGAAAAAAAAAAUUUUAUAUCAAUUUAGAUAGUCAAUAAAGCCAAUUAGAGGUUGAAAUUUAGUAUUUUUUGAUAUGAUUUUUUAUUCUCAAUGUCCGUGACAGGAAGUGGAAGUGAUGCUGCCUCAUUGUCAACAACAGCCAAAAGAGAUGGAGACCACUACAUUCUGAAUGGGUCAAAGGUGAUGACAGAGAUGCAAAUUAACUCCUCUGAUUCCGAGACUUAAAUUGGGAAAGCACAUUUUGGUUGUGUGUAGUAAAAUAGAAACCAACUUACUAUUUAAGCCUUAAGGAUUACUGGCUUCUAAUUCCUCGGCCUUACUGUAUCACCCUUGAAUGAAAUGUGAGAAGAUCAAGAGCUCUUGAUUGUCAUGCAAAUUCUCCUUGUCAGUACCAACAUGAUAGGAAAUUUAACUAGACUAGACUAGACUAGAAAUUUAUACUAAGUAAAUGCUGUCGUGUAAAGGGUUUUUGUAAUCACAAAUGGGCAGUUAGAGCAAGGGAAAGUAUAACAAAAAGUCACUACAAACUCAAAGCAAGACUAAACAAAAUCCCUCAAGAGCAGAUGAAUGGUAGAGACCAAUAUUAGGUGAAUUUGGUUAUGGCUUGUUUUUGAUGGGUUCAAAUAGUGGCAUGAAACAGGUGGCUUUCAAAACACAUUCGAAAAUUACUCUUACUGUGCAAGUUUAAUUAUACUGGUUUCUUUAAAGUAAGCUUGAAAUUAAUCUUUAUAUUUCCAAAUAAGGGACAAAUUUGAAUUCACACUUGGUACCUGGCUUUUGGGCUUUUUGUAGCCUGAAAAGGGCUUAGCUAAAUUUGAUGUUUCAUUCAGAUUUCAAUUUUUAUUUCAAAACUUAACAUACUUCAGUGAAACAGGGUAAUCAUGUAAAUUUAAAAUUAGAGCUUAGUAUAUACAACACAAGUGAAUAUUGCUUUCUGAGUGCACUGAUUGGCUUGUUCAGAAGUGAAUAGCAAGUACAGUAAAUGGUUUGAACCUGGGGGUAACAUGUAAUAGUGUAGUUUGAUCGUCCGGGUGAGUGUAGUCCUGAGAAGGACUGUUGUCGGUAGUGGUGACUACCACUACCGACCAGUAGUGGUGACUACCGAUAGUGGUGGGUAGUGGUGGGUAGUGGUGACUACCACUACCGACAACAGUCCUUCUCAGGACUACACUCACCCGGACGAUCAAACUACACUAUUACAUGAAUAGCAAGUACUUUUCACUUCUGCUUUGGAAAAUAAUAGCUAAUAAUAAUACUAAUAAAUGCAUCAUAUUUGGCACAUGAAAAGUGAUAUGAUUUUUUGAAUUGAAAUUGCUCCACAGAUUAUGACUGUGUAAUAGUCUACUUAUAAACUUAACUCUUGGGUAGACCCAAAUUAGAUGUGUCCAACUAAAUUUACUCUGAGUAGACUGUCUUUUCAUGUAUAUAAUCUUGCUCAUCAGGGUUUUCAUGUUGUAUAUAAAUUAAGAAUUUCUUUUCCUGAACUCAGUGCGUUACUGACUUAUUAUGACCCUGUGACUACAUUGUUUAUGUCAUCUCAGGCAUUCAUCAGUGGCGGAGGAGAUAAUGAUGUCUACAUAGUCAUGGUCAGAACUGGAGAACAAGGUGUGUUACAAAGAGAUAUGUUAGUUAACCCUGAAACUCCCAAGCUCUAGUUAAUAAUUCUCCCCACUAGCUACAACUCAUUUCCUUGUAAAUUAGUGAUAAGAAUUUGAUGUUAGAUCAAGAUAUUAACUUGAAUGUGAUAAGUUUUAGUAUUCCCAUUACCUGUUUACAGGAUAUAACUCAAGGGAUAUUAUUGGGAGAAGUUAUAUGUUAAUAUAAAGAGUUAAUAGUGAAAUGAUUGUUUAUACACUAACCCUUGUGGAGUAAAUUACAAACACUCAUUGUCAGUAGUCUCUAGUAAAUACUUUGUACAAUAAUCUUCAUCCCUUUAACCCCUAUGAGUGACCAAGACAGAAUUUCUCUUUACAAUAUCAGUACAGUAUCAAUCGGACAGGUGAUGAGAAUAAAGAUAUUAAAUAUAAGUUCAAGAAUUUUCUUGUUGAUCCAGUACCCAAUUCUCAGAAGUAGCAUCAUAAGAAUGGUAUGGCAGACAGUAAGAAGAAUUACCAAUGAGAUCUUGGGCAUGAAAGGAUGAUAGGAAAAUUAUGUAACAUUAUUGUACACCACUUUAUUCAGUUAAUACAUUUAUUUGUUGUAUUACAUAAUUGCUAAAUGAUCCCAGCUGCUUUGAGCUAAUUUAAAUUUUUUUUACAUUGUGGAAAAUUGUGGUAAAUUUGUAGGUCCUAAAGGAAUUUCAUCAGUCAUUGUUGAAAAAGGAACACCAGGAUUGAGUUUUGGCAAGAAAGAAAGGAAAGUAUGUUUGUCAAUGUCUAUCAAUGGUUGAUUUUUAAACCAAAGAGAAGUGCAUCUGUUUCAUUUAAAAUUAACCUUGGACUUUUUCUGUGGGACAGGCUCCCUAAUAAACUAAAGGAAAUGAAUGAAACUGUUCAAUCCACUGUGAUUGGAUGGAAUUCCAUAGCAGUGAUUGGUGCAUCUUUCAGAUCAGGUUCCCUCUGUGAUCCAUUGCUGUGUUGCUCUCCUGCUGUUGUGGUUUUUGAUUGUCAGCAUCUAGGAUUCUGAGAUUUCAAUUCUGCUCUCCCUUUUGAUAUUGUGAGGGUGAAGUCUUAAGUGAAUGGCCUCUUUCACCCUGCGUGUGUAGAAAUGGGGAUAACAAUGAAUAAACUUUACUUGUUCCAAAGUAGUCGAUUUUGGAAGUUGUGGGCAUGCUGCUCACAAUCUAUUUGUCAAACUGGAAUUACACUUCAUUAAUUUUGAUUCUAGUAAUAACCAUUAUUAAGUAGGAAGGAAGUAUUAAAUUUUGAAAUAUGUGUGUUAGGUUGGAUGGAAUUCCCAGCCAACAAGAGCAGUAAUCUUUGAGGACUGUAGAGUUCCAGUUUCUAAUAGGGUUGGAUAUGAAGGACAGGUAGUAUAUAGAAUUUGUGAUUGUUGAUUGAUUCCUUGCAUUUCUGAAGCAAAUUUGGUCUUGAAAUGACAAAAGAACUUCAGAUUUAAAAUAAAACCACUGUCUACGCCAGUUCAUGACUGUGUUUUUAUUUUUUAUGUGAUAAAGUCCUUACAACUUGAUGUAUAUCUUGAUAUCUACAACAUAGGGAUUUAGUAUUGCCAUGCAUGGACUAAAUGGGGGUCGCAUCAAUAUUGGUUUGUAUCAUUCAGAAUAAUUGGUAAUUGAUUGAUAAACUAGUCAGAUAUAUAAUAUAUGUCUAAUUAAUAUAGUAGUAACUCCAUCUUAACUUAAGACAAUCAAUAGAUUCUCAUAAGACAGGGAAAUUCCUUUGCCAUGGUGAUGGAUUAUAACCUCUAAAUUUAUGGUCAUUAGGAACAGCAUCUUUACUAGCAGUCUUCUAUUGGUUAAAUUACUGCCAUACCUACAUGACUGUAACAAUUGAAAUUGAUUUAUAUGCAAUUAAAGUGGACUUUUCAGUUCAAAUUGAAGUAAACUUUGAAAAUGUUGGGUCAGGAUUUUUAUAAAUGUCAACCAAUAUUUUCCAUGUGUUUCCUUCCAUGUCUUUCAUCAUUCUCUUAAAUAUUUCUAUUGUCAGUAACAGUUACGUUUGAUCUAUACACCAUUUGAAGCUAGUGCUGUGAUAUUGUAUUUACUUUUAUGACUGGUUGGUGAGUGAUUAGAAUUCAGUAUUUUCAAGUUAACUUUACAAGGUAAUAAUGUAAAAUUUCAUUCUUUUUAGCAUCAUGCUCACUAGGAGCAGCUCAAGCAUCCAUUGUACAAGCAGCUGAACAUGCCAAAGUACGGAAACAGUUUGACACACCACUUGCUGAAAAUCAGGUGCAAAAAAAUAAAAUUACUUCAAUUGGUCUUGUUAUUCUAAUAAAAUAAUUUUAAUUUAAUUGCUCUUCUAUCGUGAAGUUUAUUAAUGAUUCAAGCAAAAUCAUGUUGUAAAUUACUCACUGUAGAUAAAAUUAUAGUAAACACCCUUUUUAUAUACAAACGGAUAACCAUUUCCAAUGCAUGUAAUUGCUGAAUAAUAGAAAUUUGAAUUGACUAAUAGUUGAAUAAAUAUAGUCUUUUCUUCUUGGAACACAUUUUUUAUCCAGAAUAUCCAGUUCAAAUUAGCAGACAUGGCAACCUCACUGGUUACUUCACGGUUAAUUGUACGUCAGGCUGCACAUGCUUUGGACAAUAAGUCACCAGAGGCUCCCACACUGUGUUCCAUGGCAAAAUUAUUUGCCACAGAUCAUUGCUUUCAGGUGUGUAUCACAGCAACAGCUAUUGUAAAGCUCUUCUGUAGAUAGAAUUCACAAAUAUUAUUUAUUCUAACUGAUGUUCUUUUGGUUGGUUUGUUUGAUUUUUCAGAUUUGUAAUGAAGCUCUCCAGAUUCAUGGAGGGUAUGGUUACCUUAAGGACUAUCCUGUUCAACAGUACAUGAGAGACUGUAGAGUUCAUCAGAUUCUAGAAGGUAGGUCAAAAGAAGCAGGGCAGUAGCAAGUGAAUGCUGGUACAAAAAUUAUUUUUAUAAAUUACCAAGUGAUUGAUCAUUAAAAUCACAGGAUUAUAUCUUAUAUCUUUAUCAGUGUGUCUAACAACCUUUUUGUCAGGGAAUUAUUUAAAAGAUGAUGAUAAUUUGGAAUAAGUAUAAAUAUGGAUGGAAAUUUUUCGAGUUAAAGUUGUGUAAACAUCUAUUUUCUUUCAUUUAUUUCUACAGUACUGGUAUAGGCUGUUUAAUGUAAUGUUUGAUGUUUUUUGACAUAAAGCAGGUGCUAGAAUUUGAAGUUGUUGAUAAUAGAAUGCUUUGGUCCUUUUUCUUCCAGGAACCAACGAAGUGAUGCGAUUAAUAAUUUCCAGAAAUCUUCUGCAAAGCAGCUGACAGACGUUUUUUACUCUCCUUCCUAAACAUUGAAUAAUUCAUAAAAAUUUAAAUUUGCAAUCUUCUUUUGUUACACUGGGUUCUGAGUGACAAUUUUUAAGAACUCAACAUGUAGCCAUCUUUUCUCACAUUUAUAUGGUGUAUUUUAGGGUGUAUUUUCAAAAUGAAUGGAUCUCAUUUGAAAAAAAUCCAUAUUUAUUAAAAAUCAAAUCUUAUCAAGCCACAUGCAUAUUUAAGUUUAUCUUUAUUUUAAUAAUCACACUUAUCUACUAAAAUUACAGUAUUUACUAAUCUGCAUAAAAAUGUAUUUUGAUGGGACGACUUGAGGAUGUUGUCAUUGACAUGCAGGGCUGCAGUAAAGGUCACUAAAUAAAUAUUAAUUCUGGUUUACUCUCUUUCUAUUCUUAUGUCCAUAAUCACCC